AUGUAUUUAUCCAGUUUGGAGCUGUGGAGAACAUACUGGGAGUGUGUUUCCAGGCCGUACACGGUGCUCGUCUGCUCUCUGACGGCUGCUCUGUGCUAUCUGUGGGGCCGCAAGUGUCAGYCACCAGCUCUGAUCUGCAGCGAUGCUUUUAGCUCAUUCCUACACGAACACUGCCCCGUGGUGGCCGAGCGCUUCAGCCCCACUCCCUGGUGCUGGGGGGGUCGGCUUCAAACGCUGGUCUGCGCCCUGGUUAAAACCAGACCGCCUGUUGCUUAUCGCAAUGAGCUGAUCCGUACGGUCGACGGAGGUCAGGUCUCUCUGGACUGGGUGGACAAUCAAAGCAGCGUGACGUACCCAGAUUCCUCCACCCGCCCCACCGUGCUGAUCCUGCCUGGCCUGACGGGGAACAGCCAGCAGUCCUACGUGCUUCAUGCCGUCAGACAGGCCACGCGUCACGGCUACAGAUGRGUCGUCUUCAACAACCGAGGGGUCGCAGGGGAGGAGUUGUUGACGCCGGUCACCUACUGCGCUGCCAACACGUCCGAUCUGGAGCGAGUGGUGAAGCACGUUAAAGGACUUUAUCCCCACGCUCCGGUGCUCGGUGCGGGUGUUUCUAUGGGAGGUAUGAUACUGUUAAACUACCUGGCCCAUAAGCGCACAGAGUCAGGAAUGAUCGCAGGAAUCACCAUCUCUGUGGCCUGGGACGCACAGAAGUCAUCCGACUCCAUGGAGGAGCCUCUGAACUGGCUUCUCUUCAACAAACACCUCACACGUGGCCUGUGUCGUACMGUCACCAGGCACAGGAAGAUUCUUGAGAAAGUGGUGGAUAUUGACUAUGUCCUGAAGGCACGGACCAUCCGGGAGUUCGAUGAGCGCUUCACCUCUCUGCUGUUUGGUUAUAAGUCUUGUAUCGAUUAUUACCACGAUGCCAGCCCGGGCAAGAAACUCCCACAUACUGCGGUUCCGAUCCUGUGUCUCAACGCUGCUGACGACCCCUUCUCUCCUCAGCAUGCUUUCCCGGUGCCCAUAGUCCAGAGCCUGCCGAACGUGGCCCUGCUGCUGACGGCUCACGGCGGACACAUCGCCUUUUUGCAGGGACUGUUUCCGCGCGGCGAGAGCUACAUGGAGCGCCUGUUUGGCCAGUUUGUUCGCGCAGCCUUCGAACACCAGAGGGACAUCAAGGAAGCAUGCGGCAUCGAAUAGGACGGAACGCGAAGAAGAGUUGACAGUGUUUAAGGAAAAAAAAACAGCAGUGAAGCUCUGUGUGGUAUCUAAUUAUUACAGUACUCGCUGUCAGAAAUGAUUUGUGAUACCCGUUGGUUAUGAAGUUUCGUGCUCAGAUUUGCCUUUUGUUGAUAAUUUGCACUUGUCGUUUAGAAAAUACAGAUGAAGGAAUGUUAAUCAAGUGAAGCCUGUAGCUAUUUUUACUUGUUCAUUAAUAUUUCUGCACGAAUCAGACUUGAAUUGAAUGAAAUUGGCCUGUAUAGAUACGAUUGAUGAUUGUAUUUCUGAGUGCACUUACACUUAUUGUCCCAAUACCAAGAUGUGUCAUUUUUACCUAGAAACCUCAGUUUUACUCUUUAAUGAAAAGUAAUUGCAGCGCGUGAUCAUAAAGAUAUUACAUCAGCUGGUGGUGCUAAUUUUUUGUCUUUGUUUGUGAAGCAUGGUGACUGAUUUGUGAUUUUGACAUGUAUUUAAAUAUAUUCACCACAUUUAUUUUUAUUUAAUUCACUGUAUUUGUCAAUGCACAAGUUUGCCUUUUUAUAUCUGUAUAAGAUGUAAAAACAAUCACGCCUACUAUUGUAAUGUGAAGUAUAUUAAAGCUGCAUCAUUUGGGCAUUAUACA